CAUCCUCAUGUCCAUACUGCAUCGACAGACUUGUCGAGUGUGCUACCCACUGUGGACUGGACUCGCGAUCUGCUCGCCCAGUUCAGGCGCUCAAGACCGUCUCCAGUCGACUCCAUUGAGCAUCGCUUUCGUUCCUCAGUCAUCGCCGUCUCAUGAGAGUCAGUAAUCGAUUGAGGCCUCUGCCUUCCCGCCCUAGCACGAUAGCAUGGACGUGAGACGAUAUUGACAGCAUUCAAGGAGUUCAGCCCUAUCAGAUCUAAGGUUCAGCUCUGCCGAGAAGCGUUAGCGCGAAUCUGAGACUUUGCAAUAUUCGCCUGAACUUUUCUCUCUUACUGCAUCGAAUUUCUUCCCCUCCACCUCCACAUCAAUACAAGGCAGUGAUCCUCCGCCGCGGUGAGCCUAUCACACAACAUACACUUCAGCGCGAACCACCACAUUCCGAAACUCGAAACCAUGUCCGCCGAAGCCUCCGCCGCAUGGCCCGUGGCCGACCAGGCCCUCACCCAGCAGCUGUUGGAUCUCCUCCAGCAGGCUACCCACUACCGCCAGGCCAAGAAGGGAGCCAACGAAGCUACCAAGACCCUCAACCGUGGUGUUGCUGAGUUGAUCAUUCUCGCCGCCGACACGACUCCACUGGCCAUCCUCCUCCAUCUCCCACUCCUCUGUGAAGACAAGAACGUGCCAUACGUCUACGUGCCGAGCAAGAUGGCUCUCGGCCGCGCUUGCGGUGUCAGCCGCGCUGUCAUUGCCGCGAGCAUCACCACCAACGAGGCCAGUGACUUGAUGGGACAGAUUCGCGCGACCAAGGAUCAGGUUGAGAGACUCAUGAUCUAAGUGUGGAUCUUUUGGAAAAAAGAGCUUGGCGAGUGGGAGGGAGAGGAUAGAGGCAUAGGCGCACGGAGCGAUGCGACGAGGUGUUUAGACAUGCCUAGGCUGGCGGAAUGGAAAUAGACAAAUCGGAAUCGUGGUCU